AUGCAAGCUAAAAUUGGUCUUACUCUUACACCAGAUAAAGAUAUUGUCCUAACAAUCUCACCAGGAGAUAAAGGCAAGAAAGGAAAUGGUGUUGUUUACACUCGUUGGGGAAAGACAACUUGCAGAGAAGGAGUAGAAUUAGUCUAUGCUGGAUAUGCUGGAGGCAGUGGACAUGAUGAGCAUGGAGGAGGAGCAAACAUUGUGUGUAUGCCAACCACUGGUGUGGGGCAUCUCAGCACUCAAAAUCCUGGACACCAUACUUUCAUGUAUGGAUCAGAGUAUCAAUCACACAACAAGAUCUGGAGCAACCACGACUGGAAUGUCCCUUGUGCUGUGUGUUAUGUUCCUGACAAAUCCACUAAACUGCAGUUGCCUGGCAGGAUCACCUGUCCAGAUUCAUGGACCCAAGAGUACAGAGGUUACUUAAUGGCAGAAAACAGAGGACACCGAAGAAAUCAAGUCUUUGAAUGCAUCGAUGAAGCUGGAGAGAAGAUUCCUGGCAGCAAUAGGGAUACAAAUGGUGCACUGCUGUACUUUGUGAUGCCAAAGUGUGACAGGGGAAUCCCUUGUGAUCCUAAGUGUUAUAAUGCCAAUAUUGCUAUAACCUGCUCCAUUUGCACUCGCUAA